UAAAAAAAACAAAAACAAAACACCAUUCUUUCUCCCCCAAGGCCCCAACAUUUAGAUCGACGGUGUCGGUGAUCUCUCAUCUUAUUUCUCUGGGCGUCCCCCCUCUCUCUCUCUCAUAGUCCACAGAUCUCUCCUUCUCUUCCUCCUCCCCACAAAUCCAGGAACAAAAAAGGAGGAAGAGAAGAAACCCCAAAAAGAAAAAAGCAAAAAAUUUCAAUGGCGGGCGCAUCAAGAAGAUUGAGAGAUCUGCAAUCACAAUCAGGCAACAAAACUUGCGUGGAUUGUUCGCAGAAAAACCCACAAUGGGCAUCAGUUUCGUAUGGAAUAUUCAUGUGUUUAGAGUGCUCAGGCAAGCACCGGGGCCUCGGGGUCCACAUAAGCUUCGUCCGAUCGGUAACGAUGGAUUCCUGGUCCGAGAUCCAGCUCAAGAAAAUGGAGUCAGGCGGCAACGACAAGCUCAACGCCUUCUUUUCCCAGUAUGGUAUCCCUAAAGAGACUGAUAUCGUGCCCAAAUACAACUCAAACGCCGCAUCCGUGUACCGAGAGAGGAUAUCGGCUCUCGCCGAAGGCCGAUCGUGGCGUGAUCCGCCUGUUGUCAAGGAAUCGCCUGUUGGUGGUGGUAGUGGUAGUGGUAGUGGUCAUAGGAAGCCGCCGUUGGGUGGGAGAAGUGGGAAUAAUAAUAAUAAUAAUAAUGGGGGUUGGGACAGUUGGGAGAAUGAGGAUUCGAUUCGAUCGUCGUCGAAUGAUAUGAGGAGGAAUCAGUCAGCUGGGGAUUUCAGAUAUAAUAAUGGGAAUAGGUAUAAUGGGAAUGGGAGUAAUGCACCGGUGAAAUCAAAAUCGUCUGAGGAUAUAUAUACCAGGGCAGAAUUGGAGGCGUCCGCCGCCAAUAAGGAUAGUUUUUUUGCUAGGAAGUUGGCGGAGAAUGAGUCUAAGCCAGAUGGUUUGCCGCCUUCUCAAGGAGGAAAAUAUGUGGGCUUUGGCUCUAACCCUAAUCCCAAUCCUAUGCCUAGGAGUAAUGCACAGCCUGAUGUUUUUUCUGUUGUUUCUCAGGGAAUCGGCAAGUUAUCUUUGGUUGCUCAAUCAGCUGCUAGUGUUGUCCAAGCAGGCACAAAAGAGAUCAGUUCAAAGGUUCGUGAAGGUGGUUAUGAUUACAAGGUCAAUGAAACGGUGAAUGUUGUCUCAGCCAAGACUUCUGAGAUUGGUCAGAAGACGUGGGGCAUCAUGAGAGGUGUUAUGGCAAUAGCUACUCAGAAGGUUGAGGAGUUUACAAAGGAGCCAGGCGUGAGCUGGAAAACUGAUAACCCGCAUCAGACCGAAAACGAAAGGAAUGGAUAUUACCAGGACUUUAAGAGUGAAUCCCAGGGAUGGAACAACAGUUCAGGUGGUGGACAAUCUUCAUCUGGCAGGCAAAAUAAUUCAGUCAGCUCAGUAUCCUGGGACGAUUGGGACCAAAAAGACGAUUGGAAGGAAGGCUCAAAGAAGGGGGGAUCAUCCCAUAGUAAUGAUGGCUGGGCUGGUUGGGAUGACCCCAAAGACGACGGUUUUGAUGAUUUCUACCACAGCUCGUCCAUGAAAAGUUCUGGUUCGAAUGGAAAAUCAGAUACUAAAUGGGGCGAGGGCGGUUUCCUUUGAGGUUUAUUAUGGUAAGUUGGAGCUGUGUCAUUCUUCCGAUACUUCACUGCAAAGGCGUUUUAUAUCUGUGUCUAGUCUAUUUGUGUACAAUCUGUCCACAGGAGGGAAUGUCCCUUGAAAAGAGAACUUAUAUCUGAAUUUGAGCUGGAUUAAUUAUGGCUAUUGUUCAAACUGCUUUGUUCUCCCAGCAACUCUUGUAAACAAUAAUUUUUCUCCCUUCCCCGCCCACUUCCCUACCCUUUUCUCCCCCUAUCCCUUGAAUGUUUUUUUUUUUUUUUUUUUUCUAUUUUAGGUUACGUUUAUCUUGUAUUAUAGGAUAUUUCUUGUUUACUUGUCAAUUGAAUCAUCAUGUUUGCUUUGGA